GUAUUUAUAGAGGGUCAUUUUAAUGCAUCCACUCAAUCACUGGCCGUCUCUCCCUGCAGCCCCUCAGAAGCUCAUUGAGUAACUGAAGACAUAAACAACGAUGUCUACGGAACGAUUUGACUGCCAUUACUGCAAGGACACUUUGCUCGGAAAGAAAUACAUCCUUAAGGAGGACACACAAUAUUGCACGAAAUGCUAUGAGAAUCUGUUUGCUAACUGCUGUGAGGUGUGUUCUUUGCCGAUUGGGUGCAACUGUAAGGACCUUUCCUACAAGGACCGGCACUGGCAUGAAAACUGCUUCAAGUGCGCCAAAUGCAGUCGAUCAUUGGUGGAAAAACCAUUUGCUGCUAAAGAUGACCUUAUGCUUUGCACCGAGUGCUAUUCUCAUGAGUAUUCUUCCAAGUGCAGCACCUGCAAGAAGACUAUCAUGCCAGGAUCACGAAAAAUGGAGUACAAAGGGAACAGCUGGCAUGAGACAUGCUUUCUGUGUCAACGCUGUCAGCAGCCAAUAGGAACCAAGUCCUUCAUCCCUAAAGAUAACAAUUACUUCUGUGUCCCUUGUUUUGAGAAGCAAUUCGCCUACCAGUGCUGUGCUUGUAAAAAAUCCAUUACAACUGGGGGUGUCACUUAUCUCGAUAAGCCCUGGCACCGCGAGUGUUUCACUUGCAUUGGAUGCAAGAGACAACUGGCAGGUCAGCGCUUUACCUCGAGAGAAAACUACCCAUACUGCCUGGAUUGCUUCAGCAAUCUGUAUGCCAAGAAGUGCGUGGGCUGCACUAAGCCAAUUACUAGCUUGGCAGGUGCUAAGUACAUCUCGUUCGAAGAGCGGCAGUGGCACAGUGAGUGUUUCACGUGUAUGCAGUGCUCUGUGUCUCUGGUGGGCCGUGGAUUCCUCACCCAGCGGGAUGACAUCCUGUGCACCGACUGUGGAAGGGAGAAGUGAUGAGCUCCAGGGUCAGACAACCACAACAGCAGCACAGUCGUCCAACUGUUGCAGGAAAGUUAUUGAGGGCAAAAUAGAUUUAGAUCUGGAUUUCUGCUCACAUAAAUGGAAUGAUGAAUAAACAUGAACAAUGAAUAGAUUAAUUAUCUGUGUCGCCUGCUGAUUAGGAUGCUUAAUGUUUUGUUUAAUAAGAUUACGAAAAUUGUCCUUAUAAAGCAUGGAAUAAUAUUGAAAAUGUUUGAAAAGUUCAAAAGUUCAAGCACACACAAAGUGCGCUUUUAGUCAAUAAACUUAUGUUUUCUUCUUG